UUGUUUAUUCUAGGUUUUUAUAUUCGGAGACGAUCGGAAAUGAUAACGCGAAAUUGAGAUUUAUAUUCCUUUACCUAUACAUAUACAUUACCCAUUACUUAUCUACUUAUUUACAUCGGCUCAAUACAUCUCAACACGCAUCUCAAAUUACGAAUUCCCGAACCUAUAUAUAUAAACAUAUCCGGAUCGAAUCGAAUUCCCAUCCAACUUCAUCCCAUCCCACACAAUCUCCAAAGGAAACAUCACAAAACAUCCACGCCUCAAACAAGAAAAAAGGGCCAACCCAAUCACUGUUCUACAGCAAAAUGCCCCCUCAACCCCUCCCCGACAACCCGCAACCAUCCCCCGCACAACGCACCGCCGAAGCCCGCACCGCAUUCACCGCCUCUCUCAACAGCGUCGGAUCGAACCUCGACGCCGAACUACGCUCUCGCGCCGCAACCCUCCACUCGAACGCCGCGGCGCUGACGAAGCAGGAAAACGAACUCCAGCGCGCGACAGCGAAUCUGGCAAAGCAGAAUGAUCAGUGGCAGAAAGUGGCUGAUCAGGCGCGCGAGGGACUGAAGGAGAUUGGGGACGUGCAGAAUUGGGCGGAGUUGAUUGAGAGGGAUUUGUUGGUUGUGGAGGAGACGUUGAGGUUGGUGGAAGAAGAGGAGGGGGGAGGAGGGAGGUAUGAUGAUGAUGAUGGAGGGGAGAAUGGUAGUUAUGGAGAUGGGGUUUAUUCAAGCAAGAAGGGGAAGGGGAAAGGGAAAGGGAAGGGAAAGGCGAGGAUGGUGGUUGGUGAGGAUGGAGAAGAGCGUGAGGAGGGUCAUGAGAGGGGUACUCAUGUUGAGAAUGAAGAUGAUGGGGAUGUUGUGAUGAGUGAUAAUGCGAAGCCGCAGGAAGAACCGUCGGCCAAGCAGGGCAGAUGGAGGUGGUGGUAGAUGGGGAAAAGCCGAACAAGAUGAAGGGUUUCAUGAUGAUGUUUGGGUGGGAUUAUAUUCCUCUUUUUUUGGCUUUCUUUUCGUACCUUGUUCGGGAUAUAUGAGCUGUUCCCCCUUCAAGCCAACGUCUAUAUACUGGCUGCUAAGGCAUUGGCUACUAGGUAAAGUCUUUUGUGUUCACCACGCCUUAUUUAUGAUUUGUUUCAAAGUCCUCGAAAUAUAGGCACUCG